AUGCGGAUCAAGAUGCAAAACGAAGCCGGAGAAAACGUCGACCUUUACGUCCCACGAAAGUGCUCGUACACCAACCGCAUCAUCGAGGCCAAGGACCACUCCAGUAUCCAAAUCAACGUUGCCAACGUUGAUCCAGUUACUGGCAUGGCCACUGGAGAGAACACACCAUACGCUCUUGGCGGAUACAUCCGAUUCAAGUCCGAGGGAGAUAUGGCUUUGACUGCUCUGGUACAAAAGAAUGAUGCUAUAAUGUUUGCUUCUUCCGAUUAA